AUGGAACAAGUGAAGUCCGAGAUCCGCCCACCGGUGCCGACAUAUCCAAUUGAGGACCUCCCAGGCACGCUCCCUCUGGCUCAAGUUGACCAAAAUGUCGAUCACGAGGCUGCAGCCGUGUCCUUGCUCAAGGACCUAGAGCAUCUGAAUGCAGACAGUCUUGCGGACAAUGCCAUGUGGCGAGAUGCUUGCUCCAUGACCGGCACAUUGCGAACAUUCAAUGGCCCAGAGCAGAUCGUCUCCGUUUGGCGGAAGUUAUACGCUGAGCGUCGGCCACACGAAUUCCAGAUUAUAAUUGGCUCGUCAAAGGUUGUGCAAAUGGGCGACGGGUACUCCUGGGUGCAGGCCAAGUUUUCGUUCAAGACCGCCGGUCCGCCGGCGACAUUGUCCCAGGGCCAGAUCGGCAUCGUACCGGACCCCACCUCCACAUCUGGAUGGCGAAUCUGGUUGAUAACGACGGUCCUUGAGCAGCUCCAAGGACGUCCCGGGCCUGACCAGCUCCAGGUGGACCCUGUAACCCGGCCGGAAAUGAAUGGCGGACCCGACGGACAAUUUCUCGAGUGUGUCAUCAUCGGUGCUGGAUUCGCCGGGCUCUGCCUCGCCGGUCGACUCAAAGCAAUGGGGAUAAACCACGUCAUUAUAGAGCGUAAUGCUCGAAUCGGCGACAACUGGAUAAACCGAUACGAAUCAUGCACAUAUCACACGUCAAAAUACUUCAGCGACCUGCCGUUUGGGAGAAUCUUCACAGACGGUGACUACCCUUAUUACUUGGGAUCCAAAGACCUGGCGCGCGGGUUCCAGGAAUACGUGGACAAAUUCCACCUGGACGUUUGGUUAUCAUCGGAGCUACGUACCGCAUCGUUCAACGAAGACGACCAAGAUUGGGAUCUACAGGUUGCAGCUGGGGGUCGGGUGAAAAAUGUCAAGUGUGCCCACCUUGUGUUCGCAAUAGGGAUAGGCUGGGCGCCGACGAUACCGAAACUUGCCAACAGGGAAUUGUUCAAAGGCCGUGUCCUUCAUUCUGCGGACUACAAAGCUUCGCAUGCGUGGAAAGGGGAGGCUGGCGUCGUUGUCGGCACUGCAAAUACCGCUCACGAUGUAGCGGCCGAUAUGGUGGACGCUGGACUUUCCUCGGUCACUAUGGUUCAACGAUCACGUACACGUAUGUAUCCCAUCUUCUACAAGCCUGUUGCCAUAUAUAACACAAACACCAACCUGCCGGAAGCCGACAGAGACCUGAUAACAGUCCCUUUGGCGGUGAUCCGUAAAAUGAGCCUGAUUGGCACAAGGAGGGCUGUGAACCAAGACCACGCACGAUUCGACGGAUUAGAGAGUGUCGGUUUCCGUGUUGAACGAUACUGUGAUCUUUGGAAGGCUUUAGGAGAACGACUUGGAGGCCACUAUCAAGACGUGGGAUGCUCGGCCAAAGUCGCGGCCGGACUGAUCAAGGUCAAAAGUGACGCCAAAGCCGUCUCUUACAUCAAAUCCGGCAUCAAGUUUAGCGACGGGAGCACACUGGACGCAGACGUCAUUGUCUUCUGUACAGGGUUCGAAACCAAUAUCAGAAAAGAGGUGGCCAAAUUCUUGGGUCCCGAAGUCGCCAAUAAACUGGACGAUUGUUGGGGAAUAGACGACGAAGGCGAGAUUCGUGGCGUCUUCAAACCUUCAAGCUGCCAAAAUCUCUGGUUCACAGGAGGCGGAGUCCUCCACGCGCGAUAUUAUUCCAGAUUCAUAGCCUUGCAGAUCCAAGCUUCCGUCGUAGGGCAACCUCUGCCGGUGUAUACGAAGAAAACAGAAUAG